UUAUGUACACAUGUCGUUCAUAUUCAUUCUUCGUGCAUUAAUCAUUUUAUGGUCUUGCUGUCAGUUUUCUUUAACGAUACUUGUUCAUUUUCGACUUUCUGGUUGUUCCGACAAAAAACUACAAUAAUAGUAACACGAUCGGGGAAUCGUGAAAUAUGUAUUUCUACGACAAAGAUCAUCGAUAUUACUUUCGCUUGCGAUACUUCCCGGGUAGGUUAAAAAGUGAAAACCCUAUUAGAAAUCAUCCCCUAGGUUGCAAGGGAGAAUGACGAAAAGACCGCGAAAUCGUGCGUGUUUCUUCUUGUCGAGUGGUCGGUCCGGAGGUGGGGGAUGCGCCCGAGGAGACAGUCUCGGCCGUGUGCCUCGACGUGUAUAAAUACAAGCAGUCGGCUUGGUUCUCGCUUAGUCGCUGCGAUACUCGAUUCUCGGUGACGGCCUGUCGAUUACAAGUGCGCCUCGAUCUCGAUUUAUCGCUACUGGCCAGUCCGGUGUAUCGCGUCCGUGCGCACGCUCGAUUCGACCGUCACGAGAAACACGAAAAAAAAAAAAAAGUGAGAGAAAGUGGCCCAGAGAGGAGCGGUUUCGGGCCUCUUCUUGCGACGAGUCCGCGCGUCGCCUCAGUCCCGCACGAAAGUACCGAAAGACUGCGUGUCAGCGCGCUCUGUUCGUCGUUCGUCGAUCGCGGUAUCGACGAAUUCCCGUGAAUCGUCGAAAAACACUGCGAUGGUAAACAGCGAGGGCUCGACGUCGCCGGCCUCGACGGGCCAGGCCAGUUCAUCCUCGAUAAUCGUGCAGUGUUAGAAGAGGAACGUUUACGCGGUGCUGGUCGCCGCUAUCAGGAAAGUCGAGUCGUUAACCUCAAACCGUUUCCCCUCCCUGGAAUCAGUGGAAGCCUGUCGAGAAGUUUCGUCGUGAAAAUCCGGGAGUUUCAUCGUCCAAGUUUCCCGCGAGAGCGACGAAUUCGUGUUUCGGUGAUCGUUUCGAAAACGAACCUUUGAUUUUCUCGCGCGGUACAGUGAAACCGUCCGUACGGUUAGUUACGAACGAUACGAUUCGCAUCGAGUCCCGUAACGCGACACGAGACACGGGACCUCUCGUGGCUCGAGGACAAAGCAAAAGCGUCGAAACGGUUUACGUCUAAGCGCGUCUGUGAAACGAGUUUACUCGGCUAGGGCUCGAAAAUUUCCGCGGUCCGGUAAACAAAGUGUCGGAUUCGCGACGUAGCAUCGAAAUCGCGCAGUUCCUGGUCGAGAGCGAAGUCUAUCCAACGUCUGCAGCCGAGGAGAUAAACGAGUAAUCGUUCCCGUCGGCCGUCUAUCGAUAGAGAUCGAAACGGUCGACGCGUAGGUUGAUCGAGAACGAGUUUUCCAGCAAGGGCUCGACCUAUCGGAAAAUAAAGGAACACAAACGAUCGGGGCAAAAAGCACGAGAAGGCUCGGUUGGCCGGUUUCGCGGCAAUUCUCCCGGGUCAACGAUCUGUUCGUGGAUCGAGCAGCCGUUCGUUCCUCGGUACCUACCUCCGGACAAGUCCAGUCGAGGCGAUACAACACAGGUCCGUUGGGUAUAAGCUCGUGUUCGUGCGCUCGUAGCGAGCACGUUUCACGAGGAGUGAAAAGGCGGUCACUCGGUACGCCGUCGUGGCUGCUUUCACCGGCAAUGGAAUAAUGUCGAUCGCGCCUUAACGGUACGCGACUCUGUACCUUCCGUAUUUCCCUUCGAACGGACACCCCACCGGGAAAAUGAUCGCUGGUCUCGAGUGAUCGCGAGUUAUUCGUCCAAGUGGUGGUAUUAUUGUUCAGUGCUCGCGAGUGUGUGUGCCGUUGCCAGUGAUGGGACUGAUACGGUCCGGUAUCGAUGAUAGUCGAGCAAUUCGAUACCAUAGCGAUCGAUAGGAAGCAUCGAAGGUACGGAAACCACAGUUAUUUGCGACCGUGGCUAUACGGCGAUAGAUCCCGACUCGUCCGGACGCGUAGCAUGGAAAGCAAGAUGUACAUCAGCAACGAAUCUCAUAAUAAUGGUCAUUCGGCGACCAAGUAUGCGUCCACGAACUCCAUUCCGUCGAUGAUGGAGGAAGAUUCGUCGUUAGCGAAGUUGAUUGGCGCUGUCGGUAGAAAGGACGCGAGCGCUAUCUUACGAGACAACAAGGGAAGAAGGCACAGCGUGCUCGAGGAUUUGAAGGCGCGAAAGGACAGUCUCUUCCAGAGGGCACGACGGGGUAGCGUCGUCGAAGAGAAGGAAAACACGAAAUUGGUGCAAAAGGAGAAAAGACGCAGCAGCGAUAGCGGCAGGAGAGGCUCGGUUUUCUACGUGUCGCAGGAUCUGCUCGAGGAGAAUCCAGAUGUGCUCGACAACGAGCGUACGAUGGCGGACCUCGAAGCGAAGAAGGGUCGCAGAAAAUCCUGGCAUCCUCUGGCGAAACCACCGAAACUCGAUCGCAAGAGGAGGAAAGGAAUCGCCGGCGUCCCGACUCAAGUUGGUAGCGCUGACGGACUCUACACGCAAGCCAGACAGAAGCGACCCUCCUGGUGGAAUAUAUUCGUACCCGACUCUGUUGGCAGGUCCAGACGCAUGUCUCAAGAUGUCGCGCAUUCGAGAUCAACGGAAAACCUCACCGCAUCUUACUUCAGGAGCAAAAGCCGCAGCGUGGAUUACGGAUUCACCACGAACUUCGAUUUGGAUUCUUUGCGGAACAAGGUCGAAGGACGCUUCGAGUCCGUGGAAAAACUCUCAAAGGAUUCGGACAGCGAGAGCAAAGAUGGCUCCGGGUUGCAGGAGAAGAAGCACGGACGCGUCUCUCAGCCCAUCAACACCAUCGUCUACACGGUGGGCGAUAGGGACACGCUCACGUCGGUGGCCGCAAGGUUCGACACAACGCCGUCCGAGUUGAGCAAAUUGAACAGGCUCGGAAGUACUUUCAUUUAUCCUGGUCAGCAAUUGUGGGUACCGGCGAAAGGAGAAGGUCGACCAGGAGGCGGAACCACUACCGACGCGCCCAGUCCGGAUCCUUGCCACGACCAUGAGUCCCAGGAUGAUCUACCUCCAGAAGAAAAAGAAUUGUUGGAUAGCUUGAGGCCUGUAUCGCCUAAACCAGGCCACAUGGAACGUGUGAAAACACCUCUUGGUAUUACAAAUACAGUUAUAGAAGAGGAAGAACAACCAUUUAAAGAAAGAUUUUUGAAAAUCAAUGUUCGACAUAUCACGGAUGGUCAGGGUGUUGUUGGUGGAGUAUUGUUAGUCACCCCAAAUGCAGUGAUGUUUGACCCCAAUGUCUCGGAUCCACUUGUGAUCGAACAUGGAGCUGAAUCUUAUGGAGUGAUAGCACCAAUGGAGUUUGUAGUGAAUGCUGCGAUUUACUAUGACAUUGCGCAUAUGCGUGUCCAACAUACAGAGUCGGGAAAUUUGGAUAAGAAGCCGGAAAUUUAUUAUAUGAAGAAACCCUCGCAGAAUGAUAAUCGCAAAUGUCAGUCUCCAGGAAAGGACGAGAAUUUUCCAGAAUUAACGACAGACGACAACGAGAGCGUGUGUAGUUGCGCAGAAAGAGACGGAGCCGCUUUUCCAAAGGCCUUCGAGAGAGAUCUCGUAACUCCUACUAAUCUUCAAAACGAAGAAAAUACAACGACAACCAAAGAAAAGGAAACAGAGAAAGAGACUAAAGAUGCUUGCGGUGGUGGUCAAGCAAGUAGAACGUUAGAGGAACGUAGACGUUCUAUGCUUGACCACCAUUGGGCAGUACCUAGCAAGGAUCGGUGUACAUUAUCGGUAGAAGACGAACAACAGGAUUCUUUGAAUUCUGACAAGAUCGACCCCGCGAAGUCGAAGGCGAUUCCCGAAGACGAAGAAGGAUCUCUAGUCAAAUUGUCAUGCCACGACUCUGGUAUCGACAUUCGUGAUCCUAUUCCCUCUUUCCCAGUAGUUCAGCAUAUCCCCUCAAAGAAAGUAUACUCAGACGCAGAUAUUGUCUUAUCUUCAGAUUGGGUCCCUCCUAUUACUAUUGCUCCGACGAACAUUACAACUGAUACGCUAGACGCUGGUUCCGCCAUUAAUGGCAGGAAGAAGGCAAGUUCGGUAUCUUUUAGCUUAGACAGUAAUACAGAGGAACCCGAGAAAGACGAAGAGCAUAAAGACGAUGACAAACAAGAGACGCGUAGGAAUAAGAUGUUAAAACGAUUGUCGUAUCCAUUGUCGUGGAUGGAGGGAUUAACUGGUGAGAAAGAAGACGAAAAUAAAUCGGGAUCCGAUAAAAUUUCAAGCCUUCCCAACAGCGCGGAUUCCCAUCAUUCGUCUGUGUUCAGCAAAGUCUUCUCGAGCUCGCCGAUCAACCUGGUGAGUGACUUUAGCUCGGGCCUGUUUGCUAAAACUCCCAGCGAAGAGAGUGGUGGGGGCGGUAGGGCUGGAGGAACACCUCCGCUUACCGCCUCCUCUCUCUCCCAGGACUCCGGCAAUCCUCAAUUUUCACCUGGUCCAGGAGGGCUUAUGGGACGGUCUUCCGUGGGCACGUUCAUCAGACAGCAACCAUUGACAUCGUCGGGCAGCAGCAGCGUGGACAGCAGUAGAGGCAGCAAAACUUCGACCAACGCGCCCCGCUUGGAUUAUCGCAGCAUGGUCUCCGUCGAGGACAUGCCCGAACUCUUCGUUAGCUUCGACAAGCUCAUACCACGGCCGGCCCGUUCUUGCGAGGAUCCACCAUUGUACCUGAGACUUCGAACCGGAAGACCGAAAGAUAAGAAGAUUCCACGCUCGACGCCUAUCAUGAGCUACGGAAAGAAGAAACUACGCCCUGAGUACUGGUUCAGCGUGCCGCGCAACAGGGUGGACGACCUCUACAGGUUCAUUCAUGCGUGGGUUCCGUCGCUUUAUGGAGAACUCGACGAGAAUUACUGGCGGGAGCGGGGCUACAUCCUGUCGGACACGGACACCGAUUUGUCGCCCGAAUUGUCUCCCCACGAACCCGGCGAAGGCGGCGAAUCGACGGAGGAGGGCAAAGCUCGUACCCAGGACGGCGACGAAAUCUCGGAGCUGACCAGAGAGUCAUGGGAGCUGAUCAAGGCCCCCUACGUAAAGCUGUACAGCAUCCUGAAGACGUCGAGUACGUCGGCGGAUUCCGAGCAGAUCCAGGACCCGGAGGUACUGUCUAUGAGCGAGGAGCUCAGGCGAGCUUUAUACGCCAACAGUGCCGUCUCCUUGGACAACGACGUGAUCGUUCCAGACUUGGUUGGCACUACAGAAAUCCUCAGCGACGAGCACAGAGAACAGCUGUGCCGGCACUUACCCGCUAGGGCGGAGGGCUACCUAUGGACCCUGGUCUUCAGCACCAGUCAGCACGGAUUCAGUCUCAACAGCAUGUACAGGAAGAUGGCCAAAAUAGAGAGUCCUAUUCUCCUGGUCAUCGAGGACACCGAAGGCAACGUGUUCGGAGCAUUGACAUCCUGCGCUUUGCACGUUAGCGACCACUUUUACGGAACCGGAGAGUCCCUCCUCUUCAGGUUUACGCCCAGGUUCCAAGCCUUCAACUGGACCGGCGAUAACUUGUACUUCAUCAAAGGCAACAAUGAGAGUCUUGCCAUAGGCGCUGGAGAUGGCAAAUUUGGACUAUGGUUGGACGGUGAUCUGUACCAAGGCAGAACGCAAUCUUGCAGCACGUACGGAAACGAGCCGCUGGCACCGCGCGAGGAUUUCGUAGUGAAAACACUGGAAUGUUGGGCGUUUAUAUAGGAUACGGCCUCCUCGUACACGUUGUCCAGGACUACUCCCUCGCCGCAGCCUAAUUUGACCUGAACUCGAUAGUCCCGUGAAGGUUUAUCGUACCCAGGAGAGAUCACAGGAAGACUACAAUUUCUAAGAGACAUUACCAGAGGAGAUUAAUUCGAUUAACGAGUUUACCUACCUACCGGCUGACUCGAUCCACUACUGAUACAUUCUAACGGACCGAGGAACAGGGAACUGUCAGUGUAUAGAGACGAAUGGAAGAGUUGUGAUUCUGUUCGAUAAACGAAUCCCCGAAAAGGAAGGGGAACGCUUGAAGAUGAAGAAAACAAUGGCGACGAUGUGAUGUUGCAACGUCAAGCCAGAACCUUGACCCACGGACUAUUAUAUAAUUAUCGAUUAUCGUUUAGCUGUCCUAUUUGUUUUUCUAUUUUAAGUUGGCGUAUUUAUUUUAUUUUUUUAUAUAUAUAUAUACACACACACACACACACACACGCAUAUAAACGCGUUUCCGUUGAAUGAGUCGUUAGAAAUUUGAUUUAAAGAUUGCGUGUCGUUUCAAGAUUAUUAAAAGGAUCGACGACGACGAUCGUGUAUAAAGUGUAUUCGUUGGGCCCGAAGGUCGUCGUUUCGAACUAGUCGCGUGAAUCACGAUCGUCGACGAUCGGUGUGAUCGCAAACAAAACUGAGAGAAUGUGUAAGCGUGAAUGGAUCGGACGAGCUUGAUAGAACGACGAUGAAAGAGAGAUGUGAUAAGUAUGCGGUAAUUAGGAAAUUAUGUUCAGAAUCGGGAUGAUGAUGAUGAUGAUAACUACGAAGAUGAUAGAAAAAUAAAACACGACACCAUGAGAAAUGUUUAAGCUAACCGUUUGUUGAUGUGUAGAUAAUUGUAGAUAGUCAAUGUAAAUAUAUGUAUUACCAAUCGUGUUAACGGUACAGUUAACUUUACAGGAGCAGCAUAUUUCGAAGAAAAAAACAUAAAACGUUGCUAAAAUACCACCUGUGUAGCUCGUCUCACGUAUAUCCUAAAAGGACACACGCCGGCUACAUGUACACUGUGUACACAAUUAUACAGAUACAAGCAAAACACUGAAUGAUACUCUGGAAGCGUGAUCGCAGAGCCUGAUGUAAACGAUCCAAGAUCUGAGAACAAGUAAGCUUUAGACAAAAAAUAGAGUUCGUACUGAUCUUUUACGCUGUUACGUGAACAAAGAGCAGACCGUGUAAGAAUUUGCGAUUAAACUGUCAGCGGUGGCUGAUAUUCUUUGAUAAACGGUAACAAACGUGCUUCUCGAGUCUCGAGUGACCACAACGAACACACACGCCUGUGCCUCGCUUCGCUCUCUUUCUCUCCCUACGCUAGAACACGGUACAAUCCCAGCUGUAGAAGUUUUAUGUGUAAUCAGAGCCGAGUGAAAGCAUAGCCACUUCUCUUUUUUUGUAGAUGAAUGAACCCUCUAUGGGAUUUGUGCUCGAUGUAUUCUUAUAUUUUGUUUCAGUAUUAAUUAAUUGAUGGACGGAUAAAUAAGGAAGAAAUAAUUUCUCGCGUAAUGAGAAAAAGCAAUUCCUUUCUGUUUUCUAUAUCGUGCAAUGAUACAUUUCACUCGGUUCUGACUACCGCGAUAAAACGACUAAUUCACACACGACCACGAGACUGUUCACGAGCUUAUAGUCUCUAUAUUGUAUUAGGAUCAAUUGAUUGUGUCACCCACCGUUUCUACCGCUUUGUAAACACAGAUUUCCGUUGUUGAAGGUAAAGGGAGUAGCCUAGCGUCGAGGGAUUGUACACUUGUUUAGUAGAACGAUCGCUACCUAGGAAAAGAAGUUUUGAUAAUCGAUUUUAUAAAUUGAUUUUUCCCUUGAGAACGAUUUUCUAAUGGCUCCACAACGAGAUGUUACGUCGAGAAGAAAAAAAAAAACGAAAGAUGAACGCCCUUUUAUACCGUAGCAAAUAUACCGUUGACAUUCCUUCCAUUUUACUAGGAACAGUUUCUAACUUGUGUCGUUUCUACGAUUUUCGAUCUUCGGUAUUUCUAGAGCUGCUUUUUUUUAAAAAUUUGUGACGUUAAUCAAAAAUUUGUGCGUUCACGAAAUUGAUAUUAACUGGGGUAACGUUUGAAAAAAAAAGCAGCGCAAUACGGGCGGCGACGGUUUGAAGAAUUACUAAGACUGUGAAAUCGACCGAGAGAAUCGUAGAUUUUAACGAGACAAGUGUAUCCGGUGCACUGGUUACGAAACGCACUCACAAAAAAUAAAAAUACAAAAAAGAAACAUUGUCGGAUAGUAGCAAAAUUCCAUGGAGCACGGUUUCAAACAGAAAAAGAAAAAGAGUGAAGGAAAGCACAAAAUGUAUUUAAACGUAGCUUACUACCGGCUUGUUUAGAUUAGUUUCGAGUACGUUCAUACACCGAAUGCGGCGCGUAUCGAUCGUAGCGUUGUCUCUGGCUUUAAAUUAGGCGUUUAGGCGUACUCUUGUGAUACUAACGCGGUAAAGAAACUUCUAACAAACGUAUCGAGUCGCUUCUAACACGUGUCACUCGGUAACGGUGCUUAUCCUUUCGCGGUAGAACGGUUCAACACAAACUGAGUCGUGGAAUCUCGAUUGAAAAAGACAAGACAAUACAAAUUCGAAUAAAAAAGGGAUAGAAAAGCGAAGUGCUUGACCGUGGCGAUUUUAUUUUCUUUUCCGUUUUUGAGAAAAGGAUUCGCAAUCCUCGCCUUCGUGCUGAUGAUCACGGUAUAAAUGUAUAUUAUAACGAAAUAAAAAAAAAAUUAUGUGUGUCUGAUAAAACACUUUUUCGUUUGGUUUUUUGUUUUUGUUUAUGUUCUCUUUUUUGUUUACCGCGAUUAUCUUCCAAAGUUUUAGAAAUGCGAUCUCUUUACGUCUUUGAGCGCUGUAUCACGAAUUCUACGAACUCGUUGUCGAUGGAAAUAUCGAGAGAGGUUUUCUUUUAACUGUAAAUAUCGUGACAAAGUAUAGUGUCGUCGUACUCUCGUCAACUGGCUGGAACGGUUCUUUUUCUUCUUCUGAAUGAAGCGUAUUCCAUACCAAAACGUAGGAACAUUUCCAGCACACUAGGUGUCAUCUAAUCUAAAAUAUAUGCAACUGCCUCCACAAAGAAAUUGUAGACGUAUAUUAAGCGUGUCAUACGAAAUCGGUAAGAGAUUUUAAUCGUAACUAACGACGAUACAUUUUCCUGUACGAUCAAUUGCGACAUAUUAUGCGCGAGCUCGAACGCUGCACGUUACCUGACGAUCUUCGACGCUCCGAUUUGCAAUGGCAAGACCGUUGUACGAAUGAAUUUGUCUUGCCAAGCGUUUCGCGAGACGCUGCAAAGGUUUUGAGCAGCCAAGGUCGAUGACACUUUCCAAUGUACGUAUCGAACUAUGCGAAGAUGAUUCUCCAAACUGUUGAAGGACGGUAACCUUUGCUGUCAGACUUCCUUAUCGGUUAAUCGGAGCAAUAUUUUUGUUUCACGUUAUUUCGUCUAACCAUAUCUUUCCGAUAACAUAUCUAAUCCUCGAGCAUUUAAAGUCAUUAAAAACUAGAAAUUUCUGUUCUCCGGUAUCAGUUCGUAUAGAUCAAGUGUAUUUUGUUGUAAAUACACAAUACAGAUACUACAGUGGUAUCGAUGAACUGACAGUCAAGGGUUUCGAAUCGUCGAUGACCCAUUUCUAACAGAGAAUCAAUUGCUCCUCGAUUGUGAAAAAGGAAAAUUGUAGUACGCUCAUCUAUCUUGGACAAGUUGGAAUUAGUUAUCCGUUAAACAUAGAAACAAUCAAUAUAAGCGUAUAGCUUUCAGCGUUCGUGUACGAAAUGUAGUAGGAGUUAGAGGAAGUAAGAAUCUCUGCUAAAAGCAAAGUGUAAGCUCACACGAAAAAAAAUUAAUGUAAUCGCAAAGUAUAUGUAUAUUCAUAGUUAAUUAGUGGACGUUAACGUACUAACACAAAAAAAUGAAAAAAAAAAACAAUGAACGUAAAAUAACGACGAAGACAAAGAAACAAAUUACACGUCGAGGCGAAGACCUUUGGUAUACACAUUGUCAAUUAGAUUCAGACUGAUCGCAGGGAUUGAACACGCAUAAAGAAAAACUCGAUGUUCUUCAGUGUUUAGCUAGAUAUUGUUGUCGUCGUUGUUAAUAAUCACGAGUUAAUAAGACACGAUUAUAUGUCUCGAUAUGACAUAGCGCGGAAAAAAGGAAUCUGUCAAAGUGUUCGAACGCAAAAGAGACAAGAGAAUCGGUGUGUUAGAUAAUUGGAAGAAUUGAAGAUUCGCGUUAUGUCGUUCAAUUAUAGUCUGUUGUACACAUAUAGACAGCUACUCGUACCAAGAACAAAAUUCCUUAGAAAUGUAGAGAAGAGUCGUUCUCGCCGUUUCUAAUUUUUUUUAAAAUAUUUGCUUCUCACUUUCGAUUUACUUGAUUAACCGUAACCGAUAAUUCUAGGGCCUGCAUGGGAGCGUCAAUUACAAUUUCUUUCAAAAUUUUAUAAAAUUAUAUUUUUAAUUUUAACAUUUUAUUUGUUAUUCCGCGUGCUCUAUUGUUCGUGUUGCGCUAUUUAAUGUAAAAUAUCGCGCACGGCUCAUUUAGGAUUCUUUUAAUUGAAGAGAACGAACCAAUCACACGUAGAUCUAUCGCCGUGUUCCACUUGCAAACACGAAAUACGUACAAGACUCGAAUCUUUCCUGCGUAAUCCGCGAAACGAUAUUCUAAACACAUUUUUUACACUAUCGGCAUCGUUUCGACCGAGGCACGAUCAACUCAUCCUCGCGUUUUCUCCAGAGGAAAUCGUUUCUUUUCAAUCUUGAACACUUCACGCUCGUCGAGCGAUCUUUUACGUUCAACACAGAUUCAUUCCCACCACGUUGCAUCGAUAUACGAUCACGUAUCAGCCAAUGAAAUCAAUCGUUACCAUCGAUCGCGAAACCUGUUCUCCGAUCACCGAAUUUUUACAUCGCUAGGCCCGAACCAUGGUCGUUAGAGUAAUUGUAACGAAUCGCGGUUUGAAUAUCAGAAACGAAAAUGUAAAAAGAAAAGACGACAAAUCGAAUUCAUCUAACUCACUCGUUCCAUUUUUUUCGAGGGGAAAAGCGACGUUGUCGAAAGAUAAACAUAUCCACCGUGUUGGCGUAAUCUGAACAUUCUAGUUUCGCGGCCUGUCGUGAGAAAUCAUCGGGGGGAGGGGGCCCGCAUCUAGAACAAACGGAAAUGACAGGGAAUUAAAAGAAGGGGUCCGGAGCGGUGAGGGGAAGGACAAGGACCCCUCGAUAACACAUACACACACAACUCUCUGGACCAAUGAAUUUUACACUACUAAUUGUACUGUCGCCUAAAUCGCCACUAUGCGUGGAAGUAAUUCUCUCCCCGUCUCUGGAUCCUGAAAGAUUAGGGCGCAUCAGCUACCAAUCGACUAAUCAUUGUUCCCGCGUUCACGAGCAACAAAAGUAACCCACAAAAACAACAACACGCUGUGUGUCUAUCGUAAUCGUAUAUUAGCCAACUGUAUACCGUGUAUGUUGAAUUAAUCGUACGACGAGCCACUAAAGGUACGAAGGGAGCACGUUCGCGUCGAUCUCUUUCUUCAUAAUCGAAUAUCGUCUCUGAUCCAAGUAUACGUUUAAAAUAAGAUUUAAAGUUGCUUCGUUCAAGACAAAGUUAACUUGUAACAAUUGAUUUGCCAAGGAGAUUUUAUUUCCCGUAGUAUCGUCGUUGUUUCUCAGUGAAGAAUUGUCACAGAUAAAGAAUAAUGUAUAUUUUUGCAAAUCGUUGUUGCUCGUUUCGUCGACUAUCGCGAGAUCGUGCUCGCGAACGUGUCCCUUUUUGAACAAAGUCGCGUGUAAAAUGAUAAAAGGGAGAUACGAGUUGUUUCGCUCCAAAUAGGGGCGAGGAUGUGUGUGCACGUAUGCAUGUAUAUAACGCAUAUAUAUAUUCAAUACACACAGUGCAGGCGGUAUGUAUGUGUGUAUAUACCACACACGUGUACAUUGCGUAUACAUAUUAUACAUAAUUUAGCGUCGCAACGUGCAUACACAGCAGAGACCCGUAGGCGCGAAGGAGGCCACUAUAUAUAUAUACAUAAAAAAUAUACAUAUACAUAUUAUAAAUAUAUACAUACGAAAUUGUAAUGUUGUAAAGCUGCGAGUAAAGAAGUGUUACGACUGCUAACGGCGGCACAGAGUUACUAAAUGAAAAAAAGAACACCCGAUAGGGAUGUAGGAGAAAGAAAGGGAUUUAUUUUUUUGCCAAGAAAUGAACGUUUCGCGGUGGGAAGAGAACGGAUAUAUCGGUAAACCAAUGGAGUAUUUUGCGUAUGUCGUACAGAGGUGCGAGUACUCUGCUGCAUGUUCCGUGCGUACGUUAUAACGACGUCAUAGUCAAUCUGUUCCGUUUAAGCAAACACCGCGGAUCACUUUGGAUGCGUGUGCGCGUACGUACGCCUGAGAAUUGUGAUACGUGUGCCGCGCGCACACGCAUAUACGUAUACAAAGAAGAAUAUACAAAAGAUAUUCAAUAAAACGCCAAUAUUGUGAAGUA